GUCCCUCGGCUUGUGCUAGGGUGGCCGGAGACACCUGUAGGCCAAUGGCAGUGGCAUGGGAGGAGUAUUUCCGACUGGCCUUCCAAGACAGAGUGCCUACGAAGCCACUGGAGCAGGAUGCAGACCACUUUCCACCUCUGCUGCGUCUCCUGGAGAAGAAGCAAGAGCUAGCGGCUGCGGACCAGGGUCUACAGGCCCAGAAGGAGGAGUUCCGCAGCACGAUGGCCACCCUGCGCCAGCGCUGGGCGCAGCUGGAGCAGAAAGAGCAGGCGCUGAAAGAGUCCUUCAUCCGCUUUGACAGAUUCCUGCAGGACGCCGAGGCCCGGCGGGGCCGCGCGCAGCGGAGAGCAGCGGAGGAGGGGCACGGAGUGCGACACCAGGAGGCAGAGGCGCAGCGGCUGCGCGCACAGCUGGAGGAGCUGCGGCGGGAGCGCGCGCGGCUGCAGCGCAGGCUGCGGCGCCUGGAGCCCUGCGCGCGCCUGCUGGAGCGCGUGCUGGAGCAGCUGCCGGAGUUUCAGGAGGUUCCCGAACUGGUGGCUCGCUUCGACGGCCUGGUAGACACACAGGCGGCAUUGAAGCUGGCAGAGCGCAAGCGACAGGUGGAGCUGGACGAGACCCGUGCUCAGCUGCAUCGUCUUCGGGAAGCCAAGCAGGAUGAGCUGCUGCGUCUGGGGCAGCAGCGUGCGCAGCUGCGAGAGCAGUUGGAGGUGGCCCGCGAGCGCAAGCUGCAAUGGGAAUCCAAGUGGACUCAAAUCCAGAACACUGCAGCGGCCAAGACGCUGCUCCUGGGACGCACUCGGAUGUCUGUGCUCAACCUGUACCAGCUUGUGUGCCUGCGCCAGAGUCAGCCCCUAACCCUGGAUGUGGAGGACACCGAGGGGCAGCUAGAGGAGGUGAAGCUGUUUAUCAUGGACCUCUCCGCCACACUGGCCAGCCUUGCCCAGGCUGAGCCUGCAGCCACUGCCUCCUAGUCCGGCCACGCGAGCAGCAAAGGGGACCUGGGGACCAAGUCCCACACUUCUUGGUGUGCAGGCUCAACGCCACGGCUCUCUGAAUGUGCUUCCUCCCGGGCAAGAUGGAGCCGUGCCAGCCCAUGCCAUUAUGAGACUUCCAGAGGACACUCAACUAAGAAGACCGUCAGCAGGGGCUGACAGCUGUGCCGGGUCCCUAACUCGCCACACAGGCUGGGGACGGGCCUCUCUCCCAGCAGGCUGGGGGGACAUCAGACAAGCUUCGACAGGGCUGGUAUACUCCAAGAUGGGCACUUGCUAAGCAAAGUGGAGGUGACUGCUGGUGGCAUCAGCUCUUUGGGGCCCCAAAGGGUCGUCCCCAGUGUGUGUCUGGCCUGCGCUGGGGUCCAGCUGCUGGGGGAUGCUUGACCUUCCCAGAACCUCAAGCAAGAGGUGGGGUAAGCCACCAGGGGGGUGGGGGACAUGAAGAUGACACAGGCUGGUUCUCACCUCCACGUGCGGGAAGGGCAGCGCCGCCCUCAGAGCCUGCCACCACGCUGCAGCGGCCCCGAGCUGCCUCGAGCAACCGGGUCCAGGGUCUCAUUUUUCUCAUCUCAGUAGACAGUGGAGGCC